AUGGCGCUCCCUCCCAAAGUCUACCAGUUCCUCGUGGGUCUUUUUGCAUCCCUUGGUUCGCUAUUGUACGGUUACGAUCUCGGUGUUAUCGCCCAGGUCAUCGCCUCCGGAGCGUUCAAACGCGAGUUCAACGAUCCUGGCUCAAAUGCAAAAGGAGCCGUUGUGUCAGUCUUUACCGGUGGUGCCUUCUUCGGUGCCAUGUUCGGUGGUCCCGCCGGUGACUACUUCGGUCGACGACUUACUAUCUUGAUGGGUGCCUGCGUUUUCAUGCUCGGUGGUGCUCUGCAGACUGCUGCCGUGAACCUCAACUUCCUUUACGCCGGACGUGUCCUUGCUGGCGUCGGUGUCGGUUUCCUCGUCAUGAUCAUCCCUCUGUAUCAGUCCGAAUUGGCUCAUCCCAGCAUCCGUGGACGUAUUGGUGGAUUGGUGCAGUUCAUGCUGGGUAUUGGUGCCCUAGCCGCCGCCUGGAUCAGUUAUGGCGUUGACAUCGGGUUUCCGGACAGCGACAAUGGUCAAUUCCGAACAUCACUGGGUAUCCAGGUCGUACCUGCCUUUUUCUUGGCCGCUCUUAUCAUGCUGUUCCCCGAGUCACCCAGAUGGCUUAUCAGCAAAGGCAAGGUCGAGCAAGGUCUUACGAAUCUGGCCAAGCUUCAUGCCCAUGGUGACACCAACGACGUUUGGGUUCAAGCCGAGUUCCAGCAAAUUCAGGAAGCCCUCAGUUUUGAGCGAGAGCACGAGGCUCAAUCAUAUCUCGAGCUUUUCAAGGACAAGUCGUGCUUCCGCCGCCUUUUCCUCGCCUGUGCGCUUCAGGCUUCCGUUCAGAUGACUGGUGUUUCGGCUAUCCAAUACUACUCAGUUACCAUCUACGAGCAGAUGGGUAUUGACGGUACCGAGGCGCUCAAAUACCAAGCCAUCUCUUCCGUUCUUGCUCUUUGCGGACAAGCGCUCUGCAUUGCCUUCAUCGACCGACUGGGACGUCGCUGGACUCUGAUCGGUGGUAACCUUGGUAACUGCCUUACUUUCAUCGUAUCCACCAUUAUGCUGGCUGUCUUCCCUCCGGGUUCAACUGGAAACGCUAGUGCUUCGUGGGGCUUCAUUGCCGUCACCUGGCUGUACAACUUCUGCUUCUCAUCGACUUGUGGACCGCUAUCUUGGAUUAUUCCCGCCGAGAUCUUCGACACAAAGACCCGUUCUAAGGGUGUAUCGAUCGCCACCAUGACGUCCUUUGCCUUCAACACUUUGAUUGGCCAAGUCACCGAGCUCGGUAUGGUAUCUGUGGGAUGGAGGUUCUACCUGCUGUUCGUUAUCUGCAACUUCACCAAUGCCGUCUUCUUCUACUGCUUCUUGCCUGAGACCGCCAAGCGUCCUCUCGAGGAGAUGAACUACCUCUUUACCAACGCUCCUCUCUUUGUUCCCAACAUGAAGUCGUCAGAGUGGGGUCUCGACAUCGAGCGCCGUGUUGAGGAAGUCGCUGCUAAGCAGGGCUCGGUCUCGCACGCCGAGCAUGUAGAUGUCAAGCACGCCAUGUAG